AUGUCUUUCACAAGAGGAUCAUCAACUCUAUCACGCUCCAUUAUCAGAUACCAGCCCGUCACAAGACCUGUCUCAGUACCUGUUCCCAAACAUCAAACACCAAACCAGUCCAUCGGGCAAAGGAUACUCCACAAGCCCAAGUCCAUCUUUGAAAGUCUGAAGGCUCAAAGCACCCAGCAAAAGUCCUCAGGCACAGGACUCACUUUCGGUGCUGCCAUGCUCAUCGGUGCGACUAUGCUGGUCACUCCAUUCAAGGAAGGCUCUCCCGCACGAGUCAUCCUCACCAGCACCGAAACCCUGAUACGUCAACGAAAGACAGAGAAAGCACCUGGAAUGCUCCUGAACUGGUUCAAGGCCUCCUACGUGUGGAUUAUCGUCCAUCUCUGGACCUUGCUCGUAGCUAUCGUUACCUGGAAGCUUGCAAGGCCCAAGUGA